AUGCUUUCUUUUAAAAAUUCUAAAUUUGGCUUUCAACAUUCAUCUCCAUCCACCAGCAAUUUUUCUACUACUUUUAAAUCAUCAGAUGAAUCUUCUUUGAUACUUCAUCAAAUAUUUAUUUCUGCAACAAUACCUGAACUUUUAAUUGAACUUAGAAGCCAAAAAGCUGCGCAAGACUGUAUUUUAUCAACAUUACCAAAACAUAGAGAAGAACAGAAUAAUAAAAAAAGGACAAGAAGAAAACGUACCUCAAAUUCUAUUCUGUUCCCGUUAAAUUUUGAUAUUGAUGAUGUUUACAACAAUGUUGAGGAAGAAGAAUUUAAUGUUGGGGAGAAUAAAAAUAAUUUUGAACAUCAGAAAAACACAACAACAACAAAUGACAAAAACAAUCAGAAUUUAAAACAAACAACAACACAACAACAACAUCAACACAAAAACACAACAACAACUAAUAACAAAAACAAUCAGAAUUCAAAACAAACAUCAACACAACAACAGCAUCAACACAAAAACACAACAACAACAAAUGAUAAAAACAAUCAGAAUUUAAAACAAACAUCAAUUAAAACAAGAAAAUAUGAACACAACAUUAAUAAAAAUAAAAACACAACAACCUCAACAACAAAAACAUUUGAUAAAAAUAAACUUGUUUUUACUCCAACAACAACAAUUUCAAACGAACAUUCAAACUUUACAACAAUAGAAACAUCGUCGUCAUCAUCUUUUGUUUUUGCUAGUGUUUGUGGAUUAUCAUUUACAUUUAUUAAAAAACAUUUACAACAACAAAAAUUAAAUAAAAUUAAUGUUGGAUUUGAUUCGUUUAAUUUGAAAGAUUUAUUUGAGAAAACAACAAACAAAAAUGGCGAUAUGUUGCUUAAAAUUGGGAAGGAAAAGGUGGUCACUUUUAAUAAAAAUGGGCCUGAUGGAACUGUUCGUUCUCUUUCUUGUCCAGAUCUAACAACAAACAACGGUUCCAAAAAUUCGAACAACAACAACAACAUUUCUCCCAACAAAACAACUGAAAAUUCUGAUUCUCCCUCAAAUUUAGCUUUAACAUCUUUAUUAAAUGAAAAUUUAUUUGUUGGUGAAACAGAAAAUAAUAAUGUUUGUAAUAGACAUCAGACAAUGCCCACAACAAAACAACAGCAACAACAAGUGGACAACAUUGUUUCAAACAUUAAACAACAAAACCAGAAGAAAAAACAUUGUAUUGAAGUUGUAUUCGAUCCUAACAAACAUGAAGAAGUUGAAACAAGUUGCAAAAAGGCAAAUUGUAUUGUCACAGGGAAUUUUGACGACGAACAAACAAAUGUUGAAUUAUUUAUUAAUCGACGAACAUGGCUACUUUUAAUAGACUUUUUUGGUUUUUGUUCAACUUCUGAUAUUAAUAAUAAAAAUGUUUUGGACAACAAUAACAACAAUUAUAUUAUGAAUAUUGAAUUAAAUAUUUCUUCUAAUUUAAUAUUAUCAAUAAAUUAUCCAAAAAGUGAAUUAACUCCAAAAUUGGGUAUUGUUUAUAUUCAAAAGCCUACGUUUACUGUACAGAUAGAUUUGAACGUUUCAAGUGAUCCGAUCCUUAUAUCGAUGCAAGCACAUAGUUUUUCACUUACCGAUGAAAAUUCACAAAUAUAUUCUCAGCGUUUACGAGUUGGAAAUUUUGACAACAAAUUAAACGGGAAAUCAACACCAUGUAUUAAAAUGAAGCUUAUAAAGAAUCGUCGAAAUUUUAAUUCUUCUUUAAACAACAAUAACAACGAUUUUGAUAUUUAUUUAAAUCUAAAAAUAAUUAAUGAUGUUGUAGUUAAUUAUAUACAUUCACAUCGUUAUUAUUAUGCUUUGAUAGAUUUUUGGCUUCAAUUUUCUGAAAUUUAUGAUCGCUUAUUUAUUGAAAAUGAAAUUAAUAAACAAUCAAAACAACAAUUAUUUGGUCAACAAAACUUGUUUGAUAAUUUACUUAAACUUCGUUGUAAACUUGAUAUUGAAUUUACUAGUGGAUUAAAUCUCUAUAUCCCUUCAAGUGAAAAUUCACAUAAAUCUGUGCUUUUUGAAUGUGACAAAAUUUUAAUUUUCAAUAAAUUCUGUCGAGCUUCACAAAUAAAAAAUUUGCUUCAAAAACAUUUGGGAGAAAAUUUGUUUCGAUUACAGCAACAACAACAAUUAAAUAAUAAUAAUUUAAAUGAAAAUGCUUCACCUUUAUUGGAUGUUAUAAAUAUAAAAAUACAACAUUAUUCCGUUUAUUAUGGAAAUUUUUGCAAAACAAAAAAUAUAAACAAGAAUGAAAGAAUAUCAAACAAAAACGAUUUCACUGGCUACACAUUUCACAAAUUACAAUCUGUGGUUGAAAAUAAUAACAAUAGCAACAAUCCACACCAGGAAAUACAACUUUACAGAAAUCUGUCUACUCGGACUACACAUGCUGUUCCCGACACUCUCGUAAUUCUACGUCUUGAAAAUUUAAUUAUAAACUGUACCAAUGAUUUUUACAAACUUUUAUAUGAAUCUAUUAACCACAAUUUUGGAGAACAAUUAAUUUUACAACCUGAACUUAUUCCUAAUGAAUUAUUGGAAUUUUCUGAAAUUGAUUUGGGAGAACCAUUAGAAAAAUAUGCUACAUUUUGUGUUAGAUUACAAUUAAAAGGGGUUCAAUUAAAUUUAUUAACACCAUCAUCACCUUUUGAAACAAAUUCUUUUGAAAAAUUUGCAACAUUUUCUUUAAAUUCAGUCAAAGUUUUAUUCAAUUCUUUUAUUGAUUCACAUUCUGAAAUUGAUAUAAUUAUUAAAAGUGCAACAUUGGAAGAUUCUACAAAUUCAAAUACAGCAGAGCCUUUCAAAAAAUUACUUAAAGCGCGUCAUGAAAAAAGUUACAAUAAACAUGUUGCUUCAACUUCAGCAACUAAAAACAUUGAAAGCAAAAAAUUGCUUUGUGAAUUACAUAUCCAAAUGGCUCAUAAUGAAUGCCAUAUAUUUUCAUUUAUUCUAAUUAAAACUCGUGUUUUUCUUCUUUUUGAAUGGAUUGAAAAGCUUAAAUUAUUUCUUUUACUUGUUAAUAAUUUAAAUUCUAAUGAAUUUUCUUCAAAAAAUGGAAUUCAUUGUCGUAGCAGUUCAACAACAACAAUUCAACAACAAAAACAACAAAAAUAUUUUAAGAAUAAUUCAUUUCAAGCAGAAUUAAACAACUCAUUAUUAUCCACUUCAUCUUCUUCAACAAAUAUAAUUAAUCAAAAUAAAAUUAUUUCAAUGUUUAAAAUUACACUAAAAGAUUGUGAAUUAAUUAUAUUAGAAGAUGAAAGUAAAUGUGACAGUUUUGCUUUAAUUACAAAUUGUAGUGGUGUAAUUUUAUAUAAUGUCUAUGAGGAUAAUGAACUUUAUGAUAUACAAUGUGAAAUACAGGUAAAUAUAAUUGAAUUUACAAUUUGCGAAAAUUUUACAAAUUCUGAAAAAAAGUUUGAUAAAUUGUAG